ACCUCCUCGCGAGUACGGCCGAGGUUUCGCUCAUCAAAGAACUCGUGAGAGACCGUCAAGGUUUCGCUCAGCGCUGCAGCGGGGAUGCCGUCGUUGACAAUUAGAAAGAUGCCGAAGCCGGAGCAUGCUCGUCAGAUUCGCCUUACCGCCUCCUCCUUCUUUGCAUCGUCGGCGUCGGUAGUAGUAGUGAAGAAGGAGCCACAAAAGCGCCAUCGAAAUUAUUCUAAUCAAUCCUUGGCGCUGAGCGAGUACGUCAUCAAAGGCUCGGAGCUUCUCGAACCGGUGUCGGCGCCGUUGGUCAAGUCCACGCCUUCCUUCAGAUCCGUAAAAGUACCAGCCGAGAUUCAGAGUCACAGUCGUCCUCAUCCUCGUCUCCGUCGUCGAACGAUGACCUGGUUCCUCGCCCGACGAUCGCGCAACGGAGGAACUAGUCCUGGAGCUCCAUCGAUCUCAGGGAGUACAAGGUCUACAGAGCAGAGUCGUUCUCCCAGUCGAGCCGGAGGCUGGCGGCGGACGCGGAGACUCAGACCGACGACAAGAGGCGGCGGAGGAGGCCGGUGAAGCUAGCCGAGGAACCAUCGGAUUCCACCCGGAGACGCUAGAGACGCUGAUGAAAGCGGACAGGCGGCUGAUACUACUGGGCGCGAGGAGGAGCGGCGGCUGAUACUACUGGGUGUUUGUGUAGGGGCAACGUCGAAAUCGGUGCUGGAGCUGAUGAACGGGAACGGUGGCGAAAUAAGGUCGGCGGAGGAUGUGUGUCGGAGGGGAUAACAUCGCCAGAAUUAGGGGUUUUAAUGGGCAGGAUUAUGAUUCUUGUUCCAUAUGCAAACUCAGCCAAUGAAACACAGUCAGGUUUGCAGGCUUUCGUGGCGGUGUGGAGAAAAGAUACACAUCAUGAAGCAAAGGAAAGCAGGCGUGGUAUGGGAAAGAUGGCCGGCAUCUCACACCAGUGUGUAAUGUGUUGAAUGUGGUGAGCUCGAAGAAACCAUAAUGAAUUAGGGGUUUUUUUUUUAAUAGUUAUAAAAGUGAGGUGGAA